AUGAUCGAGGACCUGCAUUCUGCCAUCGUUCGCGUGCGAAUUGCUUCACUUCAGUUAGAGGUUCUCAGCAGAUCCCCUACCCGAGAGGUUGUACGCCGUCGCAGCUUCAGCAAGGUGAAGCCAAUUUACGUCGCCAAGGGCCGAUUGCCGAUUUUCACGAAGCAGAAAACCGUCCGCGUCAUUUCCUAA